AUGGCUUUUUUCUGGAAACCAGGUACUCAAGAAAUCCGUCUAGCAUUGCUCCAACCUGGGAUUUGGGACGACGAAAUAUCAUAUCAUCUUACGAACUCAUCGCUCGAAUCCCCAAUCGCAUACGAAUCGUUGUCUUACGUUUGGGCUCAAGAAACGGGGCAUAACUCCAUUAAAUUGAACGGCAAGGAACACCGCAUUACGAAUAAUCUCUUCAAAGCGUUGAAACGGCUGCGGAAAGCUCGAGAGGCUCGAUGUCUCUGGAUUGAUGCAAUUUGUAUCGAUCAAGAUUCUAUUCUCGAGAAGAAUCAUCAAGUUGCUCUGAUGGGGGCUAUCUACAGGCCCAGAGUGGUCUGA